GCCUCACUAUAAAAUCUUGCAUUCUGUUUUGUUUUGUUUACACCAUAUUGUUAUUAACAAUUCCCCGCUAAAUGGAUAUCUUAAAAGCAGAAAUAGCCCGCAAACGUAAGCUGCUGGAGCAGAAGCAGUUGGUGGACGACAAGAAGAAGUACUUCAGACGCGGCGAUCUGAACGCAAAGGAUACCGAGGAGGUGCUGCAAAAGGUGGGCUACAAGAAGCAGGAGUCCGUGGAAGCUCAAGGGCAGAUCACCGAGGGAGCCUACAGUUUCGUGGCCGAUGGCCAGAACAUUCUGCCGCGCACGGAGGUCAUACGGCGGCUUAGGGAGCGUGGUGAACCUAUUCUAAUAUUCGGGGAAACAGAGCCAGAGGCGUUCGACAGACUGAGACAGUGCGAGAUCUCGCAGCCCGAGGCGAAUCGCGGAUUUCGUAACGACUUCCAGGAGGCCAUGGAACAGGUGGACGCCGCCUAUCUGCAGGAAAUGUUCGCCAACGCACCCACCACCAAGGAGGACAAAAAGUCGGACUUCGCCGAGCUGGACGAGUCCGUGUCGUGGGAGAGUAUACAGACCAUGGCCCAGAAAAUGGGCCGAAACAAGGACUACGACAUGGACGUAAUCAUCACUCUGCUCACUUUCCUGCUAAAGCUCUGGAAUGAUCAGAUCGCCAACUACAGCAAGCACGAGAAAAUGUCCACCAAGGUUAAGAUGACCCGUGUCAUCUACACGCAGACCAAGGAGUACGUAAAGCCGCUGUUCCGCAAACUAAAGCACCAUACCCUGCCCGAGGAUAUCCUGGACAGUCUGAGAGACAUCUGCAAGCACCUGCUCAACCGCAACUACAUAACUGCCAGUGAUGCCUAUUUGGAGAUGGCUAUCGGAAAUGCCCCGUGGCCCAUCGGCGUCACCAUGGUGGGCAUUCACGCUCGUACAGGUCGCGAGAAGAUCUUCUCCAAGAACGUGGCCCACGUGAUGAAUGACGAGACGCAGCGCAAGUACAUCCAAGGUCUCAAGCGACUGAUGACCAAGUGCCAGGAGUACUUCCCAACCGAUCCCUCAAAGUGCGUGGAGUACGUCAGCAAAAAAGAUCGCGAAUAAACGCAAGCUUUAUGUUAGUCAUAAUAGUAAUAUCAA